ACACUGUCGAACUGUCAAACAUCAUCAUCGUCAUCUUCGUUUCUCUCCAUGCUAUCUUCGUUCAAUCAUUCCCUCCAUGUCAGCACCCUCCCAGUAUCUCUCUCUCUCUCUCUCUCUCUUUCUCUCUAUCAAAGCAAGCGCCUUUGUCAAGCUUCUCUUCCUCGUGAACUCGCCGUCCCAACAUGGGUUCUUCAGUCAGACUACCUUUCCUCUGCUUAGUGCUGAUCCAGCUGCUCGGAGCUCUCGCUGGCGGGGGCGGGGGCGGCGGCGGACCGACGGGAUGCGAGUUCUCGGCGAUUUUCAACUUCGGCGACUCGAAUUCGGACACCGGAGCGAUAUCCGCGGCGCUGUCCGAGGUCGCCGCGCCCAACGGCGAGACCUUCUUCGGACACCCUUCCGGGAGGUUCUGCGAUGGCCGUCUCAUCAUUGAUUUCAUCGCUGAAGAUCUUAAAUUGCCCUAUUUGAGUGCAUAUCUAGACUCGAUCGAAACAAAUUUUAGACACGGUGCAAACUUUGCGACUGGUGGCUCGUCCAUUCGGCCUGGUGGCUACAGCCCAUUCCAUCUUGGCAUUCAACUAUCGCAGUUCGUGAGGUUCAAAUCCCGCAUCACUGAACUGUAUAAUCAGCUCAACCAGUCCACAGACAAGGCCUCGACAUUUAGUUACAGAUUGCCCAGGCCUCAAGACUUCUCGAAGGCUCUUUACACCUUCGACAUAGGACAGAAUGAUCUUGCGUAUGGCUUUCAACAUACGACGGGGGAGCAAGUCAUAGCUUCCAUUCCUGAUAUUUUGAACCAGUUCUCUCGGGCAGUGCAUCAACUCUAUGAGGAAGGGGCCAGAGUGUUCUGGGUACAUAACACCGGGCCCAUCGGGUGCUUGCCAUACAAUAUCAUAUAUGACAAGUCUAAACCCGGUAAUCUGGAUCGAUAUGGAUGUGUAAGGCCCCAAAAUGAGGUGGCUAAAGACUUCAACAAGCAGCUUAAGGACAGGAUUCUACAGCUAAGGGCACAGCUUUCGGCAGCUGUGUUCACAUAUGUCGAUGUAUAUUCAGCCAAAUAUUCUUUGAUUAGUGAAGCGAAGGAUCAAGGUUUCGUCAAUCCAUCUAGUUUUUGUUGCGGCAGUUACUAUGGCUACCAUAUUGAUUGUGGCAAGAAAGCUAUAGUAAAUGGAACCGUAUAUGGCAAUCCAUGUGAGGAUCCAUCGAAGCACAUAAGUUGGGAUGGCAUACACUACUCAGAGGCGGCCAACAAAUGGCUCGCAAGCCGAAUCCUCAGUGGCUCUUUCUCUCACCCUGCAGUUUCAAUUAUGAAGUCUUGUCAUGCUUUGAAGAAUCCAUGACCACAAGUGGGUCGAGAACUAGCGUUAAUUUCUUGAGAGCUACCAUACAUGAUACAUCCCGACAGUAUCUUACUUUUGGAUAUUACAUGCUAGAGUUGGAAUGUAGUCAUUCCUCUGAGAUGCUUCUAAGUGAACUUUAACUGUGUUUAGAUAGUAUUCCAGCAAGGUAACAGCUUAAUAAUAUGUGUUUGUCUUCUCUGAAAUUUCAUGAAUGUAUUCCACCAAGAGUAAUGGAUUAUGAAACGGUUCAAAAUCCACUGCAUGGCCUUUGAUU